UGUGUGUUGUCAGCUGACUGGCAGUGUCUCUGGCAGCCGUCACAACACCGUGUACUACCUGCUGACAGCUAGCUAGCAGCUGCUCUUAUCCGAGGCUCCGCUGUCGGACCGGGGAGGGUAAUGUUUCCCGGAGCCAGAACCGGAGACGGAGGUUUGUGCACCACCAACCCAUGGCGGCCGAAAUUCAGCCCCAACCGCAGGCUCGGAAGCCAUGUCUGCUGAGCAAAAUCGAGGCUUUCCAAGAUGUUGUGAGCACGGCGGUCAUCAUCCCCAAGGAAGACGGCGUGAUCAGCGUGUCUGAGGACAGGACGAUUCGGGUAUGGCUGAAGAGAGACAGCGGUCAGUACUGGCCCAGUGUCUACCACACAAUGUCAUCACCAAGCUCCUGUAUGUCCUUUAACCCAGAGACCAGGAGGCUGUCCGUGGGGAUGGAUACUGGAAGUAUCUGUGAGUUCAUCCUGUCAGAAGACUACAAUAAGAUGACCCCAGCAAGCACUUACCAGGCCCAUCAGGGCAGAGUGACAGUGGUGCUGUUUGUGUUGGAGAUGGAGUGGCUUCUGAGCACUGGCCAGGACAAAAACUUCACCUGGCACUGCUCAGAGAGCGGCCAGCAGCUGGGGACGUAUCGCACCGCCGCCUGGGUUUCGGGACUACAGUUCGACGUGGAGACCAGACACGCCUUUGUAGGGGACCAGUCUGGUCAGGUGACCAUCCUGAAGCUAGAACAGGAUAGCUGCAGCCUGGUCACUACCUUCAAGGGACACACUGGUAAUGUGACGGCCCUGUGUUGGGACCCGGUCCAGAGGGUGCUGUUCUCCGGCAGCUCGGACCACUCGAUCAUCAUGUGGGACAUUGGAGGGCGCAAAGGCACCGCCAUAGAACUGCAAGGACACAAUGACAAGAUUCAGGGCUUGUGCUAUGCCUCACACACUCGUCAGCUCAUCUCCUGCAGCUCAGAUGGAGGUAUCGUCAUCUGGAACAUGGACGUAACACGACAAGAGACCCCAGAAUGGUUGGACAGUGACUCCUGUCAGAAGUGUGAGCAGCCUUUCUUCUGGAACUUCAAACAGAUGUGGGACAGUAAGAAGAUCGGCCUCCGACAGCACCACUGUAGGAAGUGUGGCCAGGCAGUGUGCGGCAAAUGUUCGUCCAAACGCUCCACCAUCCCCCUCAUGGGCUUCGAGUUCGAGGUGCGUGUGUGUGACAGCUGCCACGAGUCCAUCACUGACGAGGAUCGAGCGCCCACAGCCACCUUCCACGACAGCAAGCACAGCAUUGUUUACAUGCACUAUGAGCCCACCACUGGAAAUCUGCUCACCUCUGGCACCGACAAGGUUAUCAAGCUAUGGGACAUGAGUCCUGUGGUGUCCUGAGGUCUGUGGGCGACUGGCAGUCAGCUGGAAGCUGUGUUCACCAAACUGUGAUGGUUUCAUGGCGGCAGUCGCACUUGGAAGAGAAGGGGAGAAGCUUAUCCAACAAUAUCGAUGUCAUCUGGAUAAUAUUUAACAGUUAUUCAACAACAAGCAGUGGCUGUUGAUUGUUCACAGUGAGGACACUGCGGGCCAGUGAAGCCUGGGAACAGGACAGGCCUUGGUUGACACAAGGUUACAAACGGUUGUGGUGGUUUGUGUGAAGGGUGCUGCUGGGUGGGGGAUCUCUGUGUGUGAGUAUAUGUGUGUGUACCCUAUUUGAGUGUGUGGGACGGAUUUAGACAUUUGACUUGGUAAGGAAUUGAAACACCUUAUUUACUUAAUUUCCAUGCAUUCCUGCUGAUUUCAUACUGGAAACUCACAAAACUGUGCAAAACAUUUCUGCACCUGUCAGCAGGUACCGUAUAACCCUAAUCGUCUUAGAUGUGAAGCACUACCAAGAGGAAGCCAUUUGAUCAGUUCCACACCUGCCAACCUGCAGCACCUACAGGAAAAAGACAGUAACAGCAGUUUCAGACUUUGGGAUUUGUUUAUCUGCAGCUCUUAAAUGCUGUUACUUUUGUUGCCAGUGGGUGGAACAGGUUGGACUGAAACUGCUGGUCUCAUAUGGGCUGAUCCUGAUUUCAGGUGCCUCACAUCACUCACACUGUGUGUACUUGUUAUGAUGUUCGAGAGGCAAAUAAAUCAUGUUCCACUUUCUGAAUACACCAAACUUAAAUCAGUAACAUUUGACAUAUGGCAUAACAGUAUUUGAAAACUGAGGAAACUGUUCAUGAAGUCUCUGGAUGUAAUCAAAUAAGCCCUUCAGUUGAGUCUCUAUUUAGGCUGCUGUACCUUAAAUCAACCACUAGAGAGGACUUUAGGGAAGAAUUUUAAAGUGUCUACAUUUAUAUGAGAGCGCUGUGGAAGGCCACUAAUGUAAAAAAUCUUCACAUGUCCGGCUAAAUGUCUAUAAACUGAUCCCAUUUGCUGUAAAGGUGCAGCCAUUAAAACAUAAAGUCUUUGAUUUGAAUAGUGCACUCUUGCAUAUCUUCCUAUGGAAACUAUUUGUGAUGUCAGGUCAUUACAGAGGACAUUGAUUUUAUUAUAGACCCUUGUCAUGAUACUGUAAAUACACAGUGUUUGCCUAAAUACACCUGUCAAGUUUUGUAAUAUGUAAAUUAACCAAUCAGAUUGCUUGCUGAUCUUUGUAUGUUCUCUACUGUCAGCUGUUUUACGAGAUUAUUUAUUAUUCUAAGUGUUGUCUUAAUGUUUCCGACAUGCAAACGCACAUAUCAUCAAGCUAAUCAGUGGCAGCACAUACAUACAUAUAUCAGGACUGAAAGGAAACUAAUGAACAUUGAUUGAUUUUCUCAUUGUUACUGUUUUUGUUUUUUUUAAAGUUGCAAUACUGUAUACUGUCUUUUAUGUCAAUGCACUGGAAUCAGAAAGCAAAAAUACGUCACAAAUCGCUGCUGUGAAGAGAAAAUAUGAAUUUGUUUGUGAUUAUAAUGUUUGUGCUUUAAUGAUCAGACAGUAACUAAGUUAAUUUCCUCUAAUCUUCAAACCCCACUAAAUGUUUUCCAAAGAUGUUUCCAUAGAUCGAUCAAACAUACAGUUAUGUAAAAGAUUUCAUCCAACAGUAGAGAAAUGAAAAACAUUUGCCUGCACUUUAACGGCUACCCACAAAGGUACAUUUACAGCAGCUGUUCACUCAUGAAUGUGAGCCUGUGGGUACUAAAACCUUAAAGGCCUGUACCAGUGUUUUUCUGAGGUUUCAGCUCCGCAACUGCAAAUCAUGUGUAUUCUUUGCAGACCAGUUUCACAUGCAUGGUGUACAGUUGUAGGUUUUUAGGAUGUGUUUUUCCGAUCUUUCCACCAAAUUGAUUGUCAUUCUGUACUGAAAUUAAUGUAAAACUGUGGCUCGUAGUAAAAAAAUCAUGCAUGUGAUUUAAAUGGGCAAAAUCACUUGUCUUUUAAAUGUAAAAAAAAACACACACUACUACACAGGAGAUACAAAGCUAUUAUAUAUACAAUACCUAAAGUUUUGUUGCAGUCAAAGUGAUUAUAUUCAUCUGAGGCCAGUGGUCUUUUUUUCUGUUGCAGGAAAGAUAACAGACGUGUGUUUCCCAUGUGUCCGUUAAUAUAACCAUGUAUGCAUAAAUUACAUUAAAAGGGCAGGUUUACCUACUCAACCAACUGUGA